AUGGAGAUAAUCCGCGAUAAGGAUCGAAGAUUGAUCUGGCUCUCUCAGUCUGCGUAUAUAGACAAGAUUGCUAAUCUGGCAAUACAAAAGCCAGAUCGGUGGCCAAACGUGCCUAUGUCUGGGCCAGAGCUACUGCCAUACAAGGACAGAGCAUCAAUCGCAUCAAUCCGCAGAUACCAGAAGAAGAUCGGAUCGAUCCUGUACGCGGCGGUAGUUACACGGCCGGACAUCGCUUUCGCCGUGUCAAGACUAGCAAGAUUUAAUAUGAAUCCUUCCGACGAACAUCAUGCAGCUGCGGACAAGGUUAUUCAUUACCUCAAAAGAACCAGAUCUCUGGCCCUACAACUGGGGGGAGGAGACGAUUUUUUAGUCGCAAGCGACGCCUCCUUCGCGGAUAACUCCAUCGACCGCAAAAGCUCGCAAGGAUAUGUCAUGCAGCUCUUUGGCGGUACAAUUGGAUGGCGAGCAAAUAAACAGGAUACUGUCACUACGUCGACGACUGAAGCCGAGCUUCUCGCGCUGUCACAAGCAACGAAAGAGUCAAUGUUCAUCUCUCGCCUUCUCCAAGAGAUCGGUAUCCGCUUAGAUAAUUGGACAAUACAGAUCCAGUGUGACAACCAGCAAACGAUCAAACUGGUCAACAAGGAAGUCGGACCACUGCAGACCAAACUUCGCCAUGUGAACAUCCACGACCACUGGUUACGUCAGGAAGCUGAAAACGGGACGAUCUCGGUAAAUUACGUACCAACUGGGGAGAUGGUAGCAGAUGGUCUUACCAAGGCACUCAGCAGUCAACCAUUCAAGGCCUUCGUCGAGCGCCUUGGUCUGGUGGAUAUUGAAACCCGACUAAAGCAGCGGGAAAUCGAAGAACUGGACACUGAGUUUUUGCUGGACAAAUUCGAACUGCUGGAACUGUGA